AUGGUCUAUCUACGAUUUGGCAUCUUCUUUAUUGGUGGGGCCCUGGCGGUGGGCAUCGUGUGCAACUCUCGAGACACAAGACUUGGAGAAGUCGUCUUAGGCGGGAACAGCGGCUCAGCUGCGGCGUCACCAUACGUUAUCGCUAUGGAGAAUCUCGGCAUUGAAGUCUUCCCUCAUAUCGUCAACGCGUUAGUCAUGCCACAAUACCUCUACUUGAAUGAUGGCUAA